GUCAUUCGGCGUCGUGGGCUCACUGCAGCCUGUCCUCGGGGGAGUCCGAAUUCAGGGCUGACUCAUAACUACUAUGUGCUAUAGGUCGUCGCUACCAUACGUAUUUCGGCCAUGACAAAUCGUUAUUCCCGACGGAUGAGACAGAGCAAGACCGACUUGACAUGAACCACGAGAUGUUCAUGCUGCUGUGGAACGGCGGGCUGCACAAGGCGCCCAUCACCGAGAACCCGCACAACAUCCUCGACGUCGGCACGGGUACGGGAAUCUGGGCCGUCGACAUCGCCGAGAAGUUUCCGUCCGCUGAGGUGGUCGGGGUGGAUCUGAGCCCGAUUCAGCCGAAAUGGGUCCCUACAAACUGCCGCUUCGAAAUCGACGAUGUCGAGAGGGAGUGGACGUUCAACGAAAACCUCUUCGACCUGAUCCAUUGCCGGAAUAUCUCGCAGAGUAUCAGCGACUGGCCAAAGCUGCUCAAGAACAUAUACAGAUGUACCGCGCCCGGCGGCUUCGUCGAAGUCUGCGAGGCCGGAUUAUACCCGCACAGCGACGACGGCACACUGGAGUUAGACAACCCCCUGCUGCCCUUCUUCGACCUUCUCAAGACAGCGAUGAUCAAGCUCGGGCGGCCGCCGGUCGACGGGCCGAUCAUGGCGCAGCAGCUGCGCCGCGCCGGAUUUAAGGACGUCCACGUGACAAAGGUUAAGCAGCCGUGGGCGCCGUGGCCAAAGGAUAAGCGCCUGAAGCAGCUCGGCGCUAUCGCGCUCCUCCAGGGUGAAACGGGAUACCGUGCGUAUGGCCUCGCGGCGUUCACGAGGGUCCUCGAAAUGGAAACGGCGGCGGCGGAGAAAAUAUGCGAUGAUGCGUCCGCUGCCCACCAUAAUCCGAGGUACCAUGUCUACAAUUAUGUCUAUUCCGUGUAUGGGCGUAAGCCAACUGAGGACGGCGCUUGAAGGCAGCAGUGGCAGGGUUCGCAUUUCCUUAGUAUCUCGAGAUG